UGUGCACAUGAAUCAGAAGGGAUUUCUUCAUUUCAGAGUGGCAUUAGUGCCAUUAGAUUACAAAAGCCACCAACCAACAAGCCGAUUGCGCAAACGCCUUAAAAACUCUAGUAGCGACUAGCUGAUAGAGAUGCUGCCUCAGAAACGGAAAAAGCAUUUGUUGCAGCUGGCGCGGCGCAUAAUCUAUUUGUCUAUUCGUCAGAAGGCAAUCCGUAAUUAGCUUAGAUUGGUGCGUUCGCCAAAAAUCCGAGUGAUCGGGAUCUAAUUCCAUCAUACGUUCGAUCAUUUGCCUUUUCAAUUGAGCGGUCUCCCGUGCCUGCUGGAAAGGCAGAUCGGGAUUCGUUCCGGGGGGAGUUGUCCCUUAAGCGCCUAAAAAGAUGUUCUUCCAUGUGACGACGUAGCUCCACUUCUUCUGAGUCAGGCUCAAUCUCUUCCGCUGGGGGCACAUUUAGAUCGAGAGGCGGCCGCUGAGAUGAGCGAGGAAGGGAAUGGGAAGUGGAAAGAUCUGCCCAGUAGCAUGGAUUGACAACCCUCCAUAACAUCUUUCAAAUUUUCGUAAUAUAAAAAAAGAAAUGAAAGAAUUUCGUAUGUAAUGAUAUGGUAUGGGGAACGUAAAGCUGAUGCCUCCCCGAGUUAUCACUCUUUUUCUUCCUGUUAUCUAGCUUAAGGAUGGAUGCCAUGCUUACUUUUCGAGUUCGGGGGCGGGAAGAUCUACUCAUUCAAAGGGAAAGCGCACCCCUCUAUUUAUUUUCUUCUCAAAAGAAGAAGAGCUAGUGGAAUGGGCCCUUACCUCAUGCCAGCGGGGGAAAGAAAAGAGGCCCACUACGAGAGGAGAGAGUGAUUCAGCUGCUAACAAGCGCAGGUUUUUCAUUAAAUGAAUGGUUAUUCGGGAAACGUCUGUUGAUGAGGAGGUUAUACAUAGUAAAAAAAAAAAGAAAACCAGGGGGCGGAUUCAACCUGGGCUCCGUUCGAAGAGACGAAUAAUGGUCCUUCUCCCUCACAUGCUCCUUCCCAUGAGCAACUCGGUUGGCUUCGUGAACAAGAGCGCUGAUCACCGGAAGAUGAACAUUGAAAGGACUGAAAGCGUAGCGACGGGAUGUAGAUGUUGAUUUUGGAGGUCGCGUACUUCUUUAGUUAUAAUGCCAUCGACACGGUUGAAGCUUCCACUUUUCUUUGGUCCCAACAUGACCGACCAAGCGUAACGACCGCAGAAGGUACGGCCGGAGAAUUCAUCUCCAAGUCAACAGCAUGUCGGGCAGGUCCUGAGGAGGAUAUAGCCGAGUGAGUCUCAGACUUGUUCUCCCUUUGGAACUUUCUGGCUAAUGACCUGUCGAGGACUCUUCAGUCAAGCGCAUCCGAGCAACGAAGGUCGAGCUCCAAAAUUCAAACGAGAAUGAGGGUGUGAGAUCAAAGUGAGACAUGGAUCGUGUGUUCUAAUAGGUGACCAGGCCAAGGGACGCUGUCGGAAUCGCCCGGUUAAGUUGGACAGCAGUGACUCACUUUCUCUCCCGAAAGGGGACCGCUCCUACCUCUGGGAAACGAUCGGCACGCAGACUAGCUAUAUUAGCAGUUCGGGCAGGUCAAAGGUGAUCCUCCAAUCCGGGGAGAAUCGAGAGGGACCUAAGCGGAGCCGAUGAGUGAUACGAACAAAGGGGUUCCAUAAGUAAUUGGAGGGACCAUCGAUUCUUCGGACGUCAGCUGAGAGGCCUAGGAGAUUAGACAGUAGGGAACCGAAGCCAAGAGCUAAACAUAUGCAUGGGUGUACCCUCCAACUCCUGCGUUGGCGUGAGGGGAUUUGGGAAUCAUAGAGGGCGUAUUACCAACGGAACCCCAAACGUGAGGUGGUCAGUCCUACUCUCUCGAGUGCCUUUGCAGUUAGUAGCGGAAAGAGAGAAUUCCCUCUACAAUGACGGUACGAAAUCGAUCGGAGACUAGGAAACGAAUCAGUUCGUUUGACCGGUCCUUUCGAUUGCUAAACAUCAUUGGAUAAAAGGGCAGCGAAGGCUACGCUACGGUCGGAGAUUCAUCCCAGGUCCCCUUAAGAGCAGGCGCGUAGGGUAAAAAAAGAAAAAAUAAGAAGCUGCGUGUGAAUCCCAUCUAAAGCUCUUUCCUACUUACUUAAUUAUAAUAGAAGCGUUGGCCUAUUGGGAGCUUUCGGAAAUCACUUUGCAGAUCAAGACCAUAGGAACAGGGAAGAAGACGGGAGAAGACCUUAUUUAGAUGGAUUGGUAGCGCAGGUGGCCCUCUAGAAUGGAGUUCGGGCAGUGCUCUCACUUACGGGAAAUGAGGGUAGGGGGGUCGCAGAAUUCGGGACCUAACGAUGUUCGCUUCGUCACAUGAACGGGAGCGGACGAUUCCCUCGUCUCUCCCUUUUCGGGGAAUGGCUGCAAUCACAAGCAAGUGAUUGAAUGAGUGGGGGCUCCGAAAGCACAUGCGGGAUAAGCAGGUGUUUCAGGAGACGGUCUAAAAAUGGGUCCGGUCCAGAAAGAAAAGAAAAGAGAACUCUCAACAAGCUGGAACUAAUCAAGAUCAAUAGGAAGAGGAGGAAGAGGAUCAAAUCAAAAAGCUUAUGACGAGCAUCUAUUUGAAUCGAUCAUUUCCAAGAGCUAAUUCCAGUUUUUCCUUAUUCCGAGGUAACGCCUUACAAUCUUCAGUCUUACGCUUAAGGGGUAAAAUGUUCUUGUUGGAUGCAGGACUUGGGACCCCCAUCAUUUGUAUGCAAGAUGAGCUUACAGGAGUGCCAAAAAACCGAGCCACCAGGUUUGAGAAUAAAGUGGGUUCCCUGGGUAAAUCAAUGAUCAAAGAGCGAGCAGCCGCCAGGUUGAAGAAAAAGGAUGUCGCCUGGUAUUUUAAGAAUAAAGUGACCGCCUGCUUUUUUAAGAAUAAAGUGGCCGGUGAAUCAAUGAUCAAAGAGCAUAUUUUGGAGAGAUUCUUCAUCGAUCUAGUGGCCGGUGAAUCAAUGAUCAAAGAGCGAGCAGCCGCCAGGUUUAAUGAUUUGGUGGGAUCCACAGAUGUAGUGGCUGGUGAACCGCUUCUUCUUCCACGAAGAUUCAUACAAAUCCGAGCUUGGAUGGAACUGAUAAAGAUUUGGCGAACGAAAAAAAAGGUCAAAGGCUUUUAUAUUAAGAAAAUCAAGGAGGUUAUUCAGUAGCCAUCGCAGGUUUCAUUACUUUUCUUCCAUUCCGUCCUCUCAAAAGGAAAGGAACAUGGAAAAAGGAAUCGCGAAGGCGAUGGCGAAAGAUAAUGGAAAGGCGAAGGCAAAUGGAAAUGCAAAGGCGAGCGCUAUUGAAUGGUCGAUUCAACAUCGAGCGCUAUGAUCCCAAAUGGAUGAAUAUUGUGGUGUCGCUACCAGCGGAAGAUCAAAGAAGAACUUGAUGAGCGAAAUUUGCUGACGAAAAAGAGCACUUUUUCAAUUCCGAAGCCUAGCCUCUCCUGUAACACUCUAUCACCUUAAUCCAUUCUUUAGCCUUUCCUGUAACACUCUAUCACCUUAAUCCAUUCUUUUGUUGAAAGAAA